UCAGGCAUUGCUUACUGUAGAAUGUUUGACUCUCCCCAGAAUGAGAAGGAGCAUCAGGAAUGGUGUUAGAAUUGGGGGGUCAGACUUACUUUUUAUUUCAGGGGGUGAAAUUUGGUGUGCCUCCUCCUUCUCACUGGGGAAGUCACCUGCUAAGAAGUUAACAAAUGCACUAAGCAAGUCUCUGAGUUGUGCUUCCAGCCGUGAACCUUUGCACCCCAUGUUUCCUGAUCAGCCUGAAAAACCACUGAACUUGGCUCACAUCGUGCCUCCCAGACCUGUAACCAGCAUGAAUGACACACUCUUCUCCCACUCUGUACCCUCCUCAGGAAGUCCUUUCAUAACCAGAAGCAUGCUCGAUAGCCCAAACCGUCUUGAUGAGGAGCACAGGCUGAUUGCCAGAUAUGCAGCAAGACUGGCAGCAGAGACAUCCUCAACUCAGCCUAGUCAGCAAAGGGGUCCUUCUGAUAUUUCUUUCACCAUUGAUGCAAAUAAACAACAAAGGCAGCUGAUUGCAGAACUUGAAAACAAGAACAGAGAAAUCUUACAAGAGAUCCAGCGGCUACGGCUGGAGCAUGAACAGGCUUCUCAGCCUACCCCAGAGAAAGCCCAACAGAAUCCUACUCUCCUGGCAGAGCUUCGUCUUCUCAGACAACGCAAGGAUGAGUUAGAACAGAGGAUGUCUGCUCUUCAGGAGAGCCGGAGGGAACUGAUGGUCCAGUUAGAAGGUCUCAUGAAGCUCCUAAAGGAAGAAGAACUGAAACAGGGAGUAAGUUAUUUCCCCUCAUGUAGGUCUUGACUCACAAUGGCGUGUUAACAGGCAUCUUGUGGCUUUUCCGACUGCUCUUGCCUCUAAUGUGUGCUCAUGCUUGGUUUGAGAGGAAAAUAUCGUCCUAAUUUGCCUCCAUUUCAGUGUGUUUGCUUGUGUUGAGAUUUAGAAGAAGUGGUAUUUUUCAUGCCUGUUAUUACUGUCAACAUCAAACAGUUACAAGAGAACAGAGUGUACUUUUGUUAGAGCCUUUUCUCAUCUCCAGGGAUCCAAGUUUCUAACCAAUUUCAUGCCUUUCUGAGUUGUUGUUCAGACUAACCAAAAUACUCUUUUAUUGAUAUAAAGAUACACACUUAACUAAAACCACACUGGAGGUAAAUAUUGUCUUGGAGACUCCAUGGUAUUCAAUACAUAAUUUCUAUAUCCUUCACAAGAAAAUACAUGCUAUAGAUAGAUUGCAUUUUCCAACUGGAUGUAUUAAUGUGAAGCCGCCUUUUAUAAAAACCAGCCAAUUAAACUUUGUGUCUGCCUCAUAAGUACUCUGCCUCGUUCCAUGCUAUUCCCCUAAAUGGACUCACUCUUAUCAAAGAAGAUUGCAAAGGCAUUAUCCAGGAGAGUUGCCUAUUGGCUUUCAGCUUUUCUCAUCCAGACCCAAGCAAAAAUUCUUUUGUUCGUCUAACUUACUCAUUAAUGACUGGAUAACUUUUAGUCAUUUUUGCCAGUGAGAGCUUUUCCUCCAGAAGAGCCAUGAGAUCAUUAAAUCUGCCUCCUAAUGCAGCACUGGCCACAUUAUUAUGCAGUGAUCAUAAGCUUUUCUGUGAGGAAAUUCCCAGCUUCAUGGUCAGGUUCAGAUUCCAGUAGAGGGAGCAGUGUACUUAAAAACAAAAAUAAAGUGAGCUACAGUAGCUUUUAGUUCAAGUGUGUAUAUCAAGCUGUGUAUCUAUAAUAUGACCCACUAAUCCAAAGUUCCAAGGAAGUUUAAAGCCAGGUUCAUAGAGCAAAUGGAAUAAUACUCUUACAAAAGCCAAGCAAUCCUUUAAUUUCUUUACAUUUCCUUUGCCUUCUUCUUGCCUUUUAUUCACUCUGUACAUGUGUGUGUAUGUAUAUAUGUAUAUUGCUAACAGAACAAGUCAGAGUAUUGGCAAAGUGUUUCAUUUCUCAUCCCCACUGCAUGAGAGGAAAGAGAUAGAAUCUCAAAGUUCUAGACAAAGACGAGACAGAACUUUAAAUAUCUUGCAUUUAAAUAUUGUAUGUUUAAAAUUUUUGCAUUUUGUAAAAAGCUUAGCUCAAAAGUUUCGAAUUAAAAUUUGGUAAGAAACAUAGUGGGAAGAGUAUUGAAUUUUGGAGUCAAAGAACUUGAGUUCAGAUCCUAGCUCUGCAACUUAUUAUCUGUGUGACACUGAACAAAUCAUCUAAUCCCUUUAGGCCUCGGUUUCCUCAUUUAUAAUAAAAUGAGAGAUUAAACUAGGUGAUCUCUAAGGUUCAUUCCAGCUCUAAAUUCUUUAAUUGUAUGAUACUAGUUGGCAAUCUAUCCAAAAGAUGUCAUUAAAUUUCAAAUGCUCACAUUCUAAUGUUCCAAUAAAGAAAAAUAAAUUUCUUAGGGAGCAGCUGUUUGAGGAAGCUUCCUUUUCCUGCUUAAUUUCACAUGUUGGUUUCUAUUAUUCUCCUCUGAUCCCAGCAAGGAAGGAAAAUAGAACUGUCCUAAGCUUAGAAGAAAGAUAAGUCUCCCUGCAAGCCCUCCUGGGUUCAACUUCCUCCCGGAUAGAGGGAAAACUAAGCCAUCAGUCAACUUUGUAUCAUUUCCAGUGGAAGACUCCAGUCACUCAACUAUUAGAAAGGCCAGCAGUCCCAGAAGUACAUAGACAUGCUCUGUCCAUUUACCAGAAAGGCAUCAUUCCAGCCUUCUCCUCUCCUUUUCCCCAUGCUGGUGGCAUCACCAGUCCUCCCUUCAGUUGAAUCAGGUUCAAUAGUAAAUAUUGUUGCUAUAUACCAUUCUGUGAGCCAAUAACCCAUCACUUAUAUGUGUAUUCCAUAAAAGACAUGGGCUAAAGGGUAGGAGAUUUCACCAUUUCUUCUACUUCCCUAUUCUGCAGUCAUUUCUGUCCCCAUUGGAUCCUUGUUCUCUUUGAAGAUCCUUUCUUUUUGUGGAGCAUGGUAUGUAUAUAAUCCCUAGUUUCUCUUAUGAGAAAUAUUGUAUGUCGGGAAGAGGAUGGGAAUAAGCCACAGUGCCUGAAACCCAAUAUAAUGAUUAUGGCAUCCCACACAAUGCAUUUUAGACGUUACUUGGAUUCAAGUUCCCUUGUUUUCUCUCCAUGUUAUUCUUUGUAUAUUUUUAAAGAUUUGCUGGAAGAAUUCCUAAACAUUACAGACAACCCUAAUGAUAAAAACUUGCAAAUAUAGUCAUUGGAUUUGAUGAUUCUGAUACCCAAAAUUUAAAAUAUUAUUAUAACCUAGUAGCAUCUCUGUUACAGCAAAAACAGCUAAUUUUUUAAUUUAGUUUCCUCCCCAUUUAUUUCUUCUUUACACAUGGCUUAAUUAAUUCAAUGAAAAAAGUUAAUACCAAUAAUAAAACAUUGCUAUAAUUUAGACCCUCAGUCUGCUGCUAUUUCCAAAUUCAUUUCAGAUAGUUGCAAUCAUAGAAUAAUCCCCACACUUUGAUGGCCCAGUUGCCACCCCCAUGCUAGCCAACAAUUUAUUGGAGAUACUAUGAGAAGCAGCAAAUUUGAUUGAUUGGGAGCUCUGCUCCUUUUAUUUCCUUUAUAUGUCCUUUCUGAGGAACAUAGCAAAAAGGAAGUAUCGGUCCCAAUAAAGUAGCCAGUUAGAGAACCUGAGAAAGGCAGUGAUUUUGUUACUCUCCACAAAGAAUAUGAAGGUGCUGAAUGAUGGAUCAGUUAUCAUCCAAGAGUUCAAAAACUUCAUUUUCUCCAAUUCUAUUUGUAGAUUUCUCUUUUUAAAAGGAGCUGACUUACUCUAGAGAAGGCCAGCUGCCUGCUAAGAAAACAGACUAGACAUUAUUUUUCCCAUACAUGCUUUCUGUUGUCAGGAGUUAGGUGGGUAUGGUUUUUUGAAUGAUUUUCUAAAUGAGAGCCAGGAUGUUACUAUCUAAGGCAUAGACAACUCUCCCUCUUAGAUUUAUCAUCCUACCUCUCUUCAGAUUGUUAUGGCUUAUAUUUUUUAAAUUAUUCUACUCAUCCCAAUUUGCCAGUACCACCUUCCUGUGUAGAUGACAUUAUCAUCUACUUAGAGCUGUUCUAUCCCUUUCUCACAGAAGUCCAUCCUCUAUCCAAAAAAAAAGUCUUAUCCCCUCAUCCACCUCCCUUCCUGCUUGUCUCAGAUAUGAAUGGUUUGCUUCCUAUUUAACAAAGCUAAUCUUUCCACCUCUAUCCUUGAUCUUAUCUCCUCCUGGACCUUACUCUAUCAUGCCUACCUAAUAGAUCUUCCCUGGCUCCAUCCAGAUUAUUUAAAAUAAAGGAGGAACAAUGAGGGAUAGGGGAAAGAGUAAUGGAUUUGAAGUCAGAAGACUGAAGACCUCUGUUCAAACAUUGACUCAAUAACUUAUUUACUAGCAAGGUGGCCUUGAGCUGGUUACUUAAUCAAGUCCUACUCCCCAAUCUAGAAAAUGAUGGAGCUGGAUUAGAUGACCUUUGAAGUCACUUCCAACUCUAAAUCUAAGAACCUUUGAUAUCCAUUUCUCCCCUUUCUUAAAAACAUCUUCCCUCUACAUUACUACUCCCCUCAACCUACUAUCCAAUCUUUCUUCUCAUCAGUAAUUGGCUCCUAGAAUUAACUACAUUUGUUGCCUUCACUUCCUCACCAAUUCCUUCCUCCACAUUUAACUAAUUGAAUCUAUGUGCCUUUCCUCCAUACUUGUACUCUAUCACCCCUUGCAACAACUGGCACUGGUACACACUCCCUACCUGAUGCCCUCUCCUCCCUUUGGUCAUGGAAUAUAACCAAGCUGGAUUAAAUUAAAUUAAACUGGAUCCUCCAUUAAUGCUAUAAUCAGAUUAAGUGGAUUUCCUAUCUAACAAUACUAGAAAACAAGUGAGAUAUCACAAGGAAACCCCUCUUUUGGAGGACAAAGAACAAUUCUAAGGAAGCUAAGGCCCAAGUCCUAGAAAAAGGUAUGCCCAGGAAUGAGGCUCCCACAUUUUCCAUAUGAGAGGUAGCCAACUAGACAGAAUAACAAUGCUAAAUACAAGCUCUGCCAGGGAAGUCCAAGGUUCAGUGCUCCAAAAUCACCACUAGCCUCCUCUUCAUCAUCAUCAUCAUCAUCAUCAUUACUUACUGCAUCUAUGACUUAAUUGACUAGAUAACUCCCAAUGAUGAAACCCCUCUAGCAGUAUAGACUAAUAACAAUUCUUCCAUCAGCAAUUCAUUUCAGUAAGCAUUUCGCAUAUGAUCACAUAGCCAGCCUGCAUUAGGGCCAGGUCCUCCUGACUCUGAGGCCAGUUCUCUAUCCAUUAUACCACACUGGCUUCCAAUUCACAAUUAAUGGGAAUAGAAAGGAAGAACAAAGCCAUCUAGGAUCAAAAAUUUAGGACUCUAAGGGAUGUCCAAUGAACCCUUUCCAUUUGACAAAUAUGAAAACUGAGGCCAAAGAGCUAAAGUGACUUGCCCAAGGCACACAGAUAGUAAGAGAGCUAGGAUUUGAAUCCAGAAUCCAGUGCUCUUUUUACAACCACUCUGUUUCUUCAAACCAGGUAUCAUAAAGGUUAUCAUCAUAACCCAGGGGGAGGUCAAUAACCAGUGGCAAGAUAAUCAUACCCUAUUGAUUAUUUAGAGUGCUCACUCUAGACAGGGCAUUUAGAAUACUAACACCUUGGAUACCAUGACACUGUACUCUCCUGGUUAUCUUCCUACAUCUCUGACCACUCCUUCUCUGUCUCCUUCACAGGCUCCUCUUCCUCCUCCUGCCCCCUAAUUGUAGGUGUUCCCCAAGGCUCUGUCCUUGGCCUUCUUCUCUGCUCUCUCUACAUUUUCUCCCUGGCAAUCUCAUCCACUACCACGGUUUCAACUAUCACCUCUAUGCAGAUGACACCCAAAUAUUUAUCUCCAUCUCAGACCUCUCUCCUGAGCUCCAGAUCUGCAUUUCCAACUGCCUACUGAACAUCACCACCUGGAUGUCUCGCCGACACCUCAAACUCAACAUAUCCAAAACAACUCAUCAUCUUCCCUUCCCCUAGACCUGUCCUUCCUAACCUUAUUUCUGCUCAUGAUACCAUCAUCUUUCCAGUAACCCAUAAUGAAAACCUCUGGGUCAUCUUUGGCUUAUUCUCACCAACAUGCAAUCAGUCACCAAGCCCUACUGGCCCUGGCACUAAUUUUCCUCCCAUCCUUUCCUACUGCUGGUAUCCUAGUUUAGGUCCCCCUUGACUUCCUCUCUCUUAAAUGGCCUCCCUGCCUCUUUCCUCUUUAUUCCUCUAGUGCAUUCUAUACACUGCUAUGAGAUUAAUCUUUCUAACAAUAAUGAGGAAGAGAAAAGAAUAGUGCAUAGAGAACUGACUUCAAGUCAGGAAGACCUGAGCUCAAGCCCUGCCCUUAGCACAUGUUUGUUGCUGUGCAACCCUGGGCAUCUCACUUAACUUGUAAGUGCUCUGGGGAACUUCAAAGCUAGAAGUUAUUGAUGAAUCUGACCUGCAUCAGGGAAGGCGGUUGGGAAUUUCUCAAACAGAUGAAAUUACAGGUCUGGACCAAAACAAAACAAAAUGACAUUAAUUUAAAGUUUUCCUUAUAAGACAGCAUAAUUAAAUGAUUUAAUUUUAAUUGACAUUUACAAAAUACAGUGUGCUUCACAUACAUUAUCCCACUUUUGUCUUCAAAAUAGCUCUGUGAAGUAGGUUUUACAAAGCCCAUAUUAAAAAUGAGGAAACUAUAGCUCAGGUAGAUAAAGUGAUUUGCCUAUGAUCAAACAGUUUGUAAGUUUUGGAGGGGAAACUUGAGCCCUGGUCUUCUUAACUUCAAAUUCGGGACUCUUUCCCAAUACAAUAUUAUUGCUUUAGCUUCCCCCAGCUAGUAAAUGUUAGAGGUGGAAUACAAAAUUGAGUUUUCUGAUUUCCAGGCCAUUAUACUCUCCAUAAUGCUGCCUCCCCUCAGAUAUAACUCUGAGCACAUCAUUUUCCUGCUCAGGAAGCUUCCCAGGCACCCCAUUGUCUACUACAUAAAGUUCAAACUCCAUGCUCUAUACCCACAUUUCAGAGUUUGGCUCACUCACCCACAUUUUUCAGCUUAUUUCACACAGUUCUCCCUUGUGUGUCCUAAGCUCGAAGCAGAGUGUAUUUCUUAAUACUUCCUAAACAUGCCUUGUAUGUAAUCUUCCCACCUUUGUGCUCUUGUCCAUAUUCUUCUCUCUAUCUGGAAAGUAUUCCUCUCCUAACUCUACCUGUUAAAAUUGUACCCCCCCUUCAAGAGCCAGCUCAAAUGCCAACUCCUCCAUGAAGCCUUUUUUUUUUUUCUGAAACCCUUCUCUGAACUUUGUUUAUACCUCUCUUAUGUACUUAGCACAUUCUACUGUGUAUUCUAAUUCAUUGUGUUCCUGGUUUAUCUCCUCUAUACUGUAAGCUCCUUGAGGGCAGGGACUGUGUCUAUACAUCUUUGUAUCCUCCUCAUUUCCUAGUGUAGCAUCUUGCAUGUAGUAGCUACUCAAUAAAUACAUGUUGAGUGAGUGAGUGAGUGAAUGAAUGGAUGGAUGAAUGUUGUAUGAACUUAGUUAUUUCUCUUAAAGCCAUACCUUGUCUUUGGUAUUAAGUGAAAAUCAAUUUGCUUCUUGAAAAGAUCUGGAAAAAUCAUAGGUGUGCAAAAGAUUUUUUGUUUUUUUAAGUAAUAUGUGUGGAUUGAAUGGAUCCAAGAGGACUGAACAUAGAAAUUAAUUUUUCACUCAUGCUUUAUGAAGAGAACUAUUUUUAAACUUCCUAAACAUGAUACAUGUUUUCCUCCCUUCCAUAAGUCGAUUUUGUUCUCAGCUCUGUUGUCAGAAAUGUUAGAUCUAUAUUACUGAUCUACAUGGACUGUUGUUCCUUAAUAAAAAAAAAUUUUUCCUACAGUAA